AUGCGGAAGUUCCUCCUAUCGAAACUUUCUAUCGACAGCAACACACAUCGAGUCGAAGCCGUCCUGCGGAAACAGAUGCAUUUAGGAGGUGGUCCGACAAGAUCUGUGCUGGAAGCACCUGUCCUAAGACAUAACAUCGUGGCGCAAAGAACGACUACAGAAAGUGCCGAUCCCAUUACCACUGCGAAUGUCGACACGAAAUCAACGAGUAGAGCCUCAGACGACGACGACGACGACGACGACACCAACCCAAACCGCAACGCCAUCCACAAGACCGAGACAGCUAAGCUUGCACAGCAUAAAACUCUUCCCUCUCCACCCUCAAGUUCAGAUGAAUCCACCAUCAUCAUCCACAACCCUGCUCCAUCCAAUCGACCUCACACACGCAAGCUCACCUCAACCACAAUCCCCCUAGCGAUCCCCUCCCACAUCGAACUCUCCUUCCACUCCUCUCUCCUCACCAUCCGCCUCCGCCCAACAACCCUAACCACCAGCCGCGCCUUCCCCGUAAAAACCCUCCCACCCCUCCUGUCCCCUUCCCUUCCGCCCACAAUCCCAUCCGAAACAUUUGACCCUCGCACCGAGCUAUACACGUCGAGCCCCAUCUCCACCAGCACCCUCCUCCUGAAUCAAAACAACCCCGCCUCAGACAAGGUAUUCGAGGAGGCAGCCAGCAGAGCGUGGAAGGUCGCCAUGACGCCCGCCCCAGAUCUGGAGUCAAGUGGGGAUGCGCCGUCGGCAUUCGUACGGGUGGCGGUGCUAAGGGCCGCAACGGCAUUGGUGAGGCGAAGGCGACAAGAGCGAGUGAGAAAGGUCGCGUUUGACGAGAGGCAGGCGAGAAGGGUGUUAGCGGAGUGGAAGGGGUUGGGAUGA